AUGGAAACAAAGGACGCCGCCAGCGGUUCUCAGGAAGGGGGAGUCGACGACACGCAAAGUAUAGACAAGAGUAAUCUAGAAUUAUUGCCAGCCGACCUUUUCUGGAUGAUUGCUGACCUUCUUCCCUUGGCCGAUGUGUCUGUAUUCAGCAGCGUAAAUCACACUUUUUACAGGACAUUGCAACCAUAUCUGUACAAACUUGGAAACGCCGAAUUUCGGAAUAGCCAUUCUGUAACGGACACUCAUACCUGGCUUGAAUUUGCCAUAGGUCUUGGACUUGACGACCUCGCCGUGAGGCUACUGGACAAUGGUGCCGAUCCCCGCAUGCAAUGCACAUGUAAAGGAAACGUACGUUCUGAAAAUGCGGUUUUUCUUGCUACCCUGUUUGAACGAAUGGAGAUCUUCAAUAAGAUAGAUAUCACGAAGAGUGAUAUUUACGGGCCCUACGGUGAGCCAGAAAUAACACUGCUUCAGCUCGCCUUGGGGAAUGGAAACUUCGCGAUGGCGCAAGAGAUCCUUGAACGCGGCCAUGGCGUGAACGACCCAAUAAAUAAAAACUUUACCCCUCUACACUACGCAGCAUACAUUGGAGAAUACGAAAUUGUGAAACUAUUGCUUCAACUGGGGGCGGAUGUGCAUCAUGUGGGCUUCCGGUUUGUGAGCAUUACGCCGCUUGGAUGUGCAUUAGCAGCGAAUAUUCGGUACCCUCAUCAUGACCGAGAGAAGAUCAUCAAUCUAUUAUUAGAGCGAGGUGCAAGUGUGGAAGGUUACCCAGGGCCCAGGCAUCUUAAUGUCGCAGCUGCCCAGGGGUAUAUACCUGGAGUUGAGCUGCUGAUCCAUCAUGGUGCUAUAGUGAACGGCGACCGGUAUGAAAACACUACAACUCCACUCCACUUUGCAGUGAGCCUCGGUCACUUGGAAUGCGUCAAUGCCUUGCUUGAAGCUGGUGCUUCAGUCAAUGCUAAGACCGAGCAAGACAACACACCACUUCACUACUCAGCUGGCCCCUGCGUUGAGUAUUAUCCUCAGUGGUGGGUUCACGAGGGGUUCCUUCAUUACCCACGGUUUGAGAAAACCGCAAACUGCAUGGAAACUUUACUUAAAGCAGGGGCUGCAGUGGAUGUACAAAACCAUAACCGCGAAACGCCACUCCACAGGGCAGCUCGACAUGGAUGGGUAGCAUGUGUCGAGGCUUUAAUCAAUGCUGGGGCUGUACUCGAUCCAAAAGACAGGGACAAUAUGACACCACUCCAUAUAGCAGUGGCAUGGUCCCACAUUGAUUGCGUGAGAAUGUUAGUUGAACGGGGAGCUUCGGUUGGCCUAUUGGCGGAUGGCCGGAAGUUGAUCGACCUAACGACACAAACGCAGGAAGGAGUGGAAAUACGCGUGUUUCUCGAACUUCUCACCCCUCGGGCAGUUGAUGAAGUAGAAGGAACUGAGAUCUCAUCGCCUUACCAUGAACUGACUAACGGUUCCGAUGAAGACACUGAGGACGUGGUCGACUUGGGGGCCAAUCCUAGUGAAGAACAGCCCGGCAGUUAG